GUGGGCCAAGGAAAGUCCCGUCCCAUCGACAAGUUUGCUCGAGUUUGUCUGUCCUCUAGGGAAGGAGCACCCUCUCGGGCUCCGGCCAGGGACAGUCAGUCAUCCGCAGUCCUUGCAAUGCACCAAGACCACCUUAUGGCCGUUGCACGCUCCGCAGGUCCUCGUGUACUUGCCCUUCCCCCAGCACCGCCAGCAGAUCUUGGACAGGUUCUUGCACUCGUACUCGUUGGUCCCCUUGCCGCCGCAUUUCUUGCACGUCUUGGUGUAACUUGUGGCGCCGCCACAUUUCUUGCACUCGGUCAUGUUGCUAUGGGUAUAUAUUUAGGUGGGUGGUGGGACUGUUUGGGAUGGG